AGGGUGUAGGUGGAUGAGGUGGAGGAUAUACCAUCGGGCUAUACGUGAUCUAGAGCCUAGAGGCUCAUUUCGUGUGUGACUGUUAUGCCUGCGUUGUGUUUUUUUCCCCAUAGGAUAAUUGGCAAUCGCUGCCAAACUUUCAGCCUUGAAUAAGCUUUGUUGAUUUCCCCGGUUAUGAACGGCUGACUAUUUCGAUAAUAACUCAACCUAGCCAAAAAAAAUAGGGGUACAAUACAUGCUGUCCAAAAGAUCUAGGGUCUCGCUUCGGUGCUUUCUGAACAAUCCAUGCAGCCCCAUGUCAGUGCUCGUGUUGAAGGAUAUCCGCGCUGUAUCGCAAACUAAUAAACUACGUGUACACUGACUGUGCAGCAUAUCAACCCGAUUAUUCAAGAUUUGCAAAUUGAAUAUGAAAUGGGUCGGUUGCCUUUGUAGGGACGAUUUCACUGACCCGUUGCGUAGACAAAUAAGCUUUAUCCUUCUGUGCGAGCAGUUGACUUUCGAUCGACGCUAGUUGUUUUCGCUUUCGGGAUAAACUCCGGGUGCUGCCUGCUGGCUGAGCCAUGUUUUUCUGUAGCUAGCACAGGCAGGCUGCAGGCAAGAUGGCGAAGUCAAGGUGGAAACGUUGGUCUUUGGAGUUGGCUCUCGUGCUCGUGUGCUGUUGGACCGGAGACGCUGUUCUGAGAUCCCGGGGACAGGCAGACUCUGAGGAUUUGCCUGUUGUACGGCCGUCCAUCCCGGACGCCGGCACCGUGCACGGCCACCGUGGUUACGCCGGGACCCUGGGCGUUCUCACGGCGGCUGCUUUGGUCAUCCCUGCUGGAAUCAUUUCCAUUAUCUACUUGCUGUACACUCACAUUUGCAAAGAGGGCGAUGAAGAUGCAGACGAGAUGAUCACGGGAGGCAAGAAUGAAUGGAGCGAGAUUAGCUCCAAUGACGUCAUGCUUGUCAAUCACUUAUGGUCCAAGACGAGUGGCUGGCCCGAAGAGGAGGAGGACGAGGAAAUGAACGCUCUGCUGCUGGAGGGCGCCCUAGGCCAAGACAUCCAGGACGGCAUGGAGAAGUUGAGCCUGAUCAGCCGGAAUGGAAGCAGCGGAGACGUGACGAACGACUCCGGUGGUUUCGCGACGAUGAACGGCCCGGACGCGGACUCGAUCACGCCUGAACGCGAGACGCUCGUGGAAGCCGGGAAAGAACCGGUCGAGGCGGACCGAAACGGUGAUCUGACCACGAAUACGGUUGAGGUUCACGUUACGGCCGAUGACACCUACGGGCCCAAAGCUACAAACCACGGUAUGGAAGAGAGCAAAAGACCAGUGGUUGCCGAGCAGGAGCCGGCACGCUUCAAGCAGUCUGUCAACAUGAAAGUCGUGAACCAGGUGCACGUGGAGUUGAGGCUGACGGAUUUAGGCGAAGACAGUGCGCCACCAGCGGUGAACGACGGCAAAGAAAAAUACAUGUCUGAGAUGCAGUUGUACCUUCCUGGAUUUGAGAGGAAAACUGACGAAAGAGGGCGCUCUUUCGGGGUUGAUAUUAACGACAACGGUGGCUGGAUUUGAACUUUAAGAUUUAAUUUGAAGUUAUGUCACAAAGUAUCUUCAUUUUUAAAAUUAUCUAUGUAACCCGGUGUAUGAUGAAAACCUAUAUAUUUAUUUUUUGGUUGAUAUUAAACUACUUUUAAUCCUUAAAAAACGUCAUUUUAAAACAACGGUGAUUCACAGGAAAGGUUUUUCUGAUACAUCUUUCUUUUAAAUUAAGGUUUUCUUUUGCUUUUUAUUGAUAGUACAGAGUGUAUAUAAAUUUUAGCAAAAUUAUUUGCAAGUUUCCAUUAAUACGAGUUUGCAGUGCUGUUCAAGA